CACCCCGACGUCAGGCUGAAGGAAGGACCUGUCUCGGGGCGGACACAUUUUGGGGUUUCAUGUGUACUUCAAGGAGUCCUCGGAAACAUGUCGGGACAGAGGGGAAACAACUUGUGUUUAACGCACAAACGCACGCUAUCGCUUUUCUCUCUUGUUUUCGUUUUUAUCAGCUCCAUCAACUCUGUUUCUUUAGGCGAGCAGACAGGGCAGCAGGAGGCAGAGACUUACAACAAAUAUUACAAUUAUGAGGAACUCACUGACCUUCUCAAAAGUCUUGCACAGAAAUACACUCACAUCGCAAAUUUGACCAGCAUUGGGAGAUCCGUUGAAGGCAGAGAGCUGUGGGUCAUGAGAAUCACCAAGGACCCCACUGCUGAUGUACCGGGAAAGCCCAAAUUUAAAUACGUGGGCAACAUGCACGGAGACGAGACCGUGUCCCGACAGGUUCUCAUCUAUCUACUGGAGCACUUGCUGGCGAGAUACGGCGACGAUCCGCGGGUCACGAAACUGGUCAACAGCACGGAUAUUUAUAUCAUGCCGAGCAUGAACCCUGAUGGAUUUGAGAAAUCUGUUGAGGGGGAUUGUGUGGGCAGAGAUGAGGGUCGCUAUAAUGCCAAAAACAUUGACCUCAAUAGAAGUUUUCCGGAUCAGUUUGACAACAUACACGUGAAUGCAGAAGAUAUCCCUGAAGGCACUGCUGUCAUAAGGUGGAUACUGGAGAACAAAUUUGUGCUUUCUGGGAAUCUGCACGGUGGUACUGUGGUGGCCAGUUAUCCUUAUGAUGACUCUGCAUCCCAUGAUCCUGAAGGCACCUAUAGCAGGUCUCCCGAUGAUGCUCUUUUCAGAUACUUGGCACGGGUUUACGCAGAGAAUAACCCUGUCAUGAAUACAGGCCAGCCGAAAUGUCAGGAAAACUUAAGUGAGACCUUCCAGGAAGGCAUUACGAAUGGAGCAAAGUGGUAUGAUGUGCCAGGGGGAAUGCAGGAUUACAAUUAUUUGAAGGGGAACUGUUUGGAAAUAACAAUGGAGCUCAGCUGCUGCAAGUACCCACCCUCAUCAGAACUAAAAACGGAAUGGGACAACAAUCGGGAGGCUUUGCUUGCCUACAUGGAGAAGAUUCAUAUUGGAGUACGUGGCUUUGUCAGUGCAGCCAGGAAUGGAUCCCCUCUUGCAGAUGCGGUGAUAAUGGUGUCAGGCAUUAAUCACAAUGUGAGCACUGCACGCUUUGGUGACUACUAUCGGCUGCUGCUGCCUGGCACCUACAAUAUCACAGCCUUAGCCCUGGGCUACAUUCCCAUGUCUGUGGUUGGGGUGGAGGUGAAAGAGGGCAAAGCCACUGAACUGAACUUCACCCUUGUGGCUGAGACUGAUGAGAAUCCAACCACCCCCUCAAUCCCAGAAUCCCCCACUGCCACCUCUGUGAACAGUGCCAGCGCAGACAGCAGCAGUACUGGUGUGAGUGGUGACAGUCCAGGAGAAACAGAUGAAGAGAAGAGCUCCAGGCUUACGGUCCAGCCCCAGGACUUCCGCCAUCACCACAACAGCGACAUGGAGCUGUUCCUGCAAAAGUUCAGCUCUGAAUACAGCUUCAUCACACGGCUGUAUUCUAUCGGCAAGUCCGUGCAGGGGCGUCUCCUGUGGGUCAUGGAGAUCUCCGACAACCCUGGUGUCCAUGAGUUAGGUGAACCAGAGUUUAAGUAUAUUGGAAACAUGCACGGCAAUGAGGUGGUUGGUCGGGAGCUGCUUCUCAACCUCAUAGAGUACCUGUGCCGUAACUAUGGAAGCGACCCUGAGGUCACCCAGCUCGUCAACUCAACGCGAAUCCACAUCAUGCCUUCCAUGAACCCGGAUGGUUACGAAGUAGCCCAAGAAGGAGAUAUCAGUGGCACCCAGGGGCGUAACAACUCUAACAAUUUUGACCUGAACCGCAACUUUCCUGACCGGUUCAGUCUUGUCACGGAUCCCAGACAGCCAGAGACCAAUGCAGUCAUGAACUGGUCAAAGAGCUACCCAUUUGUGCUGUCUGCCAACCUGCAUGGAGGCUCUUUGGUGGUGAACUAUCCAUUUGACGACAAUCGAGAGGAUGUUAUCAGAUACAGCAAGUCUACAGAUGAUGCAGUAUUUAGGAUGGUGGCUCUCGCUUACUCUCAGGAAAACUCUCAAAUGCAUGACGGUCACCCCUGUAAGGAAAUGGAUCCAUACCCAGAGUAUUUUCAAGAUGGAAUCACCAAUGGUGCUGCGUGGUACAACGUUCAUGGGGGGAUGCAGGACUGGAAUUAUUUGAACACUAACUGCUUUGAGAUAACCAUUGAAUUGGGCUGUUAUAAGUACCCUCCAGCAGCAGACCUGCCAAAAUACUGGGAGCAAAACCGUCACUCACUUCUGCAGUUCAUCCAUCAGGUCCACCGUGGAGUCAAAGGAAUGGUGAUUGACAGCAAAGAUGGGUCUGGCAUCCCCAAUGCGACCAUCACCGUGGACACGAUCGAUCACCCCAUCACAUCCAAUGUCGCAGGGGACUACUGGCGCUUACUCGUGCCAGGAUCAUACCACCUGACUGCCUCUGCCCAAGGCUACACCUCAGUUAGUACCUAUGCCUCUGUGCCUGAAGAUGGAAUAGAGAUUCUUAAUUUCACACUGACCCGGAUUCACAGCAGCGCGAAUGGGUGGACAACAGAAGACGCCACCCCGGUACAGGAUCCCAGUGUGAAAGAGUUCCAGAGCCUCAUCAAGCAGCUGUCAGGAGAAUCUGGUCUAGACGAGCUGAUCAAGAACACUCCCACCCAGAGCAGCUUCCGCUACCGACGAUACAGCGAAGUUUCUGAGUUCCUACGUGGUCUAACCUUAAACUUCCCAGAGAUUACCUCACUUCACAGUCUUGGUCAGAGUGUUGAGUUUAGAACUAUCUGGGCUCUGGAGCUGUCCAACAACCCCAAAGUCCAAGAACCAUCUGAGCCCAAGAUCCGGUUUGUGGCAGGCAUUCAUGGCAAUGCCCCAGUGGGCACUGAGCUGCUUCUGGAGUUUGCUGCCAGUCUCUGCAUCAACUACGGCAAGAAUGCAGCCAUCACCAGGCUAAUAAAUGAAACCAGAAUUGUCAUCCUGCCCAGCAUCAACCCAGAUGGGCGUGAACUGGCAAAAGAAAACGACUGCUCCUCCACUGCUGGCAUGACCAAUGUGCACAGCAAGGACCUCGAUAAUGACUUCUUCGGUAAUGCAUCACAACGAGCAGCAGAGCCUCAGCCUGAAACACGUGCUGUAAUGGACCUGAUACAGGAAAGAGGCUUCACUCUCUCUGUGGCUCUGGAUGGAGGCUCUUUAUUGGUCACAUACCCAUAUGACAAACCAGUGCAAUCUGUGGAAAACGAGGAUACAUUGAGAUAUUUGGCUACUGUCUAUGCCAGUCACCACCCCACAAUUCACUUGGGCAGUACUGGAUGUCCAAACAGCAGCCCAGUGGGCAGCAUUCCUGAUGGUGUACUCCGAGCAGCUGAGUGGCAUAGUCACAUGGGCAGCAUGAAGGACUUCAGUGUGGAUUUUGGUCACUGUCCCGAGAUCACUGUCUACACCAGCUGCUGCCUGUUCCCGUCGGCUGAAAUGCUGCCCACGCUCUGGGCCGAGAACAGGAAGUCUCUGCUGAGCAUGCUGGUGGAGGUGCACAAAGGGGUUCGUGGAGUGGUCAAGGAUAAGAGUGGCAAGCCCAUCAUGGGCGCUAUGAUAGUGUUGAACGGUGGUGUGCGGGUCUUCACCAGUGAGGGAGGAUACUUCCAUGCACUUCUGGCUCCAGGUUUGCACAACAUUGAAGCAGUGGCUGACGGCUACCAGCAGCAAUCCCAGAAGGUUUCUGUGUCACCGUUUGAAGCAGCAAGUUCCAUUAUCAUUGAGUUUGGCAUGGAGAAUGAUAUAUUUGGCCUUCCAAGAGAAUUAGUAGUGGCAAGUGCAGCUGCAGCAAUGACGGCCCUGGUCGUCACAGCUUGUAUCAUCUGGUGCGUUUGCUCAGCCAAGUCAAACAGACAAAAGGACGGAUUCCAUCGGCUGCGACAGCACCGAGACGACUAUGAUGAUGAGAUCCGUCUCACAUCUAUGGGCUCCAAAAAGUCUCUUCUGAGCCACGAAUUUCAAGAUGAGAGUGAAAGUGAUGAGGACACACUAUACACCAACAAACUUUGAAGUCAUGUCUGCUCCCUCUCCUGCCCUGAAACUGUCCACUGCCUGCAGGGCCACUGGAGGGCGCUCACCUCAACAGCCAGCAGCAUAAUCGUCCAAACCAUCUUAAAACCCUGAAAACCACCAUGGGAUGCACUUUAAUGCCCUUGUCAAAUCGGGCAACCAUUUUCACCAUAGUGUUUUCAACUCACAACCUGCUCUCAACCAGCCUGCUGAUUCAUCUGGGUCUAUAUUAUUUGAGUCCUCCCACCAUUUAAAUUGGAAGCUGAACAGCUAGAGUCCAUCAACAUGAUUAUGAAACAUUGUGCCUUGUUAGGUUGGCUGUCGUAUAUUGGCUGCUGUGAGAGUGUUAGAGGAUUUUGUAGUAUAAAUGGAAUAUUGCUCCUUUUUGCUUGGAUUUGAGUCAGCAUUAAUCGAUCCAUCUCAAUAUCUGGUUUUCCAGAUUCAUAGACAUUGACAGUUUUUUGUUUUGUUGUUUUGUUCAACAGAUGCAGAUUGCCAUGUGACUCCUAUUCUCUUUAUCUGCAGUCAUUCAUAGCCAGCUGAAUGGUUCAAAACAUUGUUCACCCAAAAAUUCUGUCAUCAUUAACUCACCCUCAUGUGAGAUGUAUGACUUUAGUUUCUUCUGUGGAACACAAAAGAUAAUGUUAGGCAAAAUGUAAGCCUCAGUCACCAUUCACUUUCAUUGCAUCUUUUUCCCCUACAAUAAAAGUGAAUGGUGACUGAGGCUGGAACGAUAUGAGGGGUGGGUAAAUGGUUUUAUCAUCAUGACAGAAUUUUCAUUUAUGGGUGAACUAUCCCUUUAAGUUAUUCCAUUCAGGCAUGCAUAUGUUUCUCACAGUGGCCCAGCAUUAAACGUCUCGGACUAUGAGGUUUAAGGUUUGCCAAGCGUGUCUGACACUUUAUACAUUAAGCAAUCCCUUAUUACCGGCACAUAUAGAUGAUGUGUUGUAUAUAUUGACAGGAAACAUGUUCAUUAAUUGCCUCUCAAUUCCUCUAACGUUAUUUUGGCUUUCAGGUAUAUGGUGAAACAUUAAUAAUAACCCUAAACCGGGGACAUUAAUGUGUUUAGUGUGUCUGGAUUUUGUCUUUAAUGUGCACUCUUGAAAAUGUUGUCCCUAUUCCAUGAAUUUUAAGUAAUGUAUUUAUUUUAUUUUUAACAUCCAUCCAGUGCAAAAUGUAUUUUGCUCAUUGUCUUUCAGGCAUCCCAAAAAGAUUGGAAAAAAAGAAGUGCUGUAAAAACUUUUGUUGUUGGCAUGCAUAAAUGUUGUGUGCAAUUCAGGAAACACAAAGAUGAGAAACAUACAUUGUUGUGUAUGUUUAUGCAUCAGUAAAGUUGGAACGUGCUUUAUGUCUGCAUUCCAUAAAGCCCACAGUUGCCUGUUUGAUAGGAACACCAAUCAUCAUCUGAGAACAUGCAUAUCUUACAUAUCUUUUGGUUUCCUAGUGUUGUAUGCACUACAGUAAAUUUCUUGUAUGUAAGGAUGAGACUUUGUUGAGAGUGUCAAAAUGGUGUUACAGAGCAAUCUGAAACCAGCAGAGCAAACUGUAAGUACUGUAAACUGUGUGCUGGCGGGUUUUCAGUCCAGUUUGUUUCUUUCAGAUUGUUAAACAGUUUAUGAAACACUUUGAUUUUGUUCUCCCCUCUUAAAGUUAAAUAUAAUGAUUGUGAUAGAGAAGUUUAUGCUUUGACCUCAUACUUUUACUAGGGAAAAGCAAAAAACAACCCAUUAAACAGGUAUCAAACCUAAAAGGGAUAGUUUUCAUGAAAUUGAAAAUUAAUUUCCUCAGCCUCAUGUUGUUCCAAACCCAAAUUUCUUCUGUGGAACACGAAAGGAGAUCAUAUAGAAGAAGAAGAAAAAAAGAUGCAAUGAAAGUGAAUGGUGGCUGAGGCUGUCAGUCCCUACAAUUCUGCCUUUUAUAAAAAAAAGAUGAGUGAGUGAGUGAUUAAUUGACAGAAUUUUCUUUGGGGAUGAGCUAUCCCUUAAAUGUUAGAUUUAAAUUUUUGUAUCAUGUUUGUACCAGAUUGAUAAUUCUUACAAGUCAAAUGAUAAAAACUGGGAUAAUUGUGUUUAUAUGAUUUGAUUAGUAAUCGAUCCCACUACCAAUCAGGGUUUGGCUUAAUGUUGAUUGUCAUGCUUGAAUGUAAAUUCCUGGGUAUGUUUAAACAAAUAUGUAUAACUUUUGUAUGUUUGUGCUGAUGUUUAUUUUUUUUCCUUUUUAUACAAUAAUGAUUGUAGAUAUUGUUGCCAACAACAUGUAAAUUACACAAGUGCAAUUUCUGUCAAGAGUGAGAAAAAUGCACAAAGAAAAUGUUGUAUUAAAGAAAUGACUAGUGUCUAAUGAAAUGGGAUGUAAAUAAAACAGAAAGGGUUUGUUCUAAA